GACUUAUCCUCAUCCACGUCUUCCAUUUGGGUCACAUCUCGCCAUUGGAAGAAAUCCGACGCUCUCUCCUUCUACUGUCUUCCUUCCAUCUCUUCUCCAUUAUUAGUUCGGGGAGGAGGAAGAUCAGGUUUCUGCUAAACCUGCUUCUCAGUCGUACCGGUACAUAACUGUAAACCCAGUCAUAUCCAGCAAGCAAGAUGGCUGGGGCGUGCGUUCAGUCUGUCACUCUUCCAGCCGGUGUGGCUAGCAGUCGAUUUAGAGGCUCUAGGGGGUCCAGAAGAGCUGCCAGGAUGAUUUGUGAUCCGCGGUCUCAUCCCCUUAGGCUGCAAGGAUAUUCUGGAUUGCGGUUUUCUAAUAUAUUAGAUUGUAAUUCCAAAUCUGGAUAUGAUUUUCAUUCAAUGGUUGCGUCUUAUAUCUCUGCUCCAAAGGGCAAAGCUAUACGUGGAGUUGCCGUUGCUAUGUUUGAGCGUUUCACAGAGAAGGCGAUUAAAGUUAUCAUGCUUGCACAGGAAGAAGCUAGAAGGCUAGGCCACAACUUUGUAGGAACCGAACAGAUCUUGCUGGGUCUUAUUGGUGAAGGGACUGGAAUUGCAGCCAAAGUUUUGAAAUCCAUGGGUAUCAAUCUCAAAGAUGCUCGUGUAGAAGUGGAAAAGAUUAUUGGAAGAGGCAGUGGGUUUGUUGCUGUUGAGAUACCCUUCACUCCUCGUGCAAAACGUGUUCUAGAACUCUCCCUGGAGGAAGCCCGUCAGCUAGGUCAUAACUACAUAGGUUCAGAGCAUCUACUCCUUGGAUUGCUUCGGGAGGGUGAAGGUGUGGCAGCCCGUGUGUUGGAGAGCCUUGGAGCUGACCCAAGCAAUAUUCGGACACAGGUUAUUCGGAUGGUUGGUGAGAGCACAGAAGCUGUUGGUGCUGGAGUGGGAGGGGGAAGCAGUGGAAAUAAGAUGCCAACACUUGAGGAGUAUGGCACUAAUCUUACUAAGCUGGCCGAGGAGGGUAAGCUUGAUCCUGUUGUAGGAAGGCAGCAGCAAAUAGAGAGGGUUACCCAGAUUUUAGGUAGGCGAACCAAGAAUAAUCCCUGCCUAAUUGGAGAGCCUGGUGUUGGUAAAACAGCCAUUGCCGAAGGGCUAGCUCAACGCAUUGCAACUGGUGAUGUCCCAGAAACAAUUGAAGGAAAGAAGGUGAUCACUCUUGAUAUGGGCCUUCUUGUUGCUGGAACAAAAUAUCGUGGAGAAUUUGAAGAAAGGUUAAAGAAACUGAUGGAGGAAAUCAAACAAAGUGAUGAGAUUAUACUAUUUAUUGAUGAGGUCCAUACAUUAAUUGGAGCAGGAGCUGCGGAGGGUGCAAUUGACGCUGCAAAUAUCUUGAAACCUGCCCUUUCUAGAGGUGAACUGCAGUGUAUUGGAGCCACAACCCUGGAUGAGUAUCGAAAGCAUAUUGAGAAAGAUCCGGCAUUGGAAAGGAGGUUCCAACCUGUGAGAGUACCUGAGCCAACCGUUGACGAAACAAUUCAAAUUCUGAAGGGGCUUCGGGAACGUUAUGAAAUUCACCACAAACUUCGUUACACAGAUGAGGCUCUCGUUGCUGCUGCGCAGCUAUCUUACCAGUAUAUCAGUGAUCGUUUCCUACCUGAUAAAGCAAUUGAUUUGAUUGAUGAGGCUGGUUCCCGUGUCCGGCUUCGACAUGCUCAGCUCCCUGAGGAGGCCAGAGAACUCGACAAGGAGCUCAGACAGAUCACCAAAGAUAAGAAUGAGGCUGUUCGCAGCCAGGACUUCGAGAAGGCAGGUGAGUUGAGAGAUAGAGAGAUGGAGCUGAAAGCCCAAAUUUCUACUCUCAUUGACAAGGGUAAGGAAGUGAGCAAAGCUGAGAGUGAGGCUGGCGACUCGGGCCCUAUUGUCACAGAAGUAGACAUUCAACACAUCGUCUCUUCAUGGACUGGAAUACCUGUGGAGAAGGUCUCCAGUGAUGAAUCUGACCGUCUUCUUAAAAUGGAGGAAACACUUCACCAGCGUGUUAUUGGCCAGGAUGAGGCUGUCAAGGCCAUUAGCCGUGCCAUUCGCCGAGCUCGUGUUGGCCUAAAGAACCCUAACCGCCCGAUUGCUAGUUUCAUCUUCUCAGGUCCCACUGGUGUUGGCAAGUCUGAGCUUGCCAAGGCCCUCGCCGCCUACUACUUCGGUUCUGAGGAUGCCAUGAUCCGACUCGAUAUGAGCGAGUUCAUGGAAAGGCACACAGUCUCUAAGCUCAUUGGAUCGCCGCCAGGCUACGUUGGCUACACCGAAGGUGGACAACUAACCGAAGCUGUUCGCCGGCGGCCAUACACUGUUGUCCUUUUCGAUGAGAUCGAAAAGGCUCACCCAGAUGUCUUCAAUAUGAUGCUCCAGAUCCUUGAGGAUGGCCGACUCACUGAUAGCAAGGGCCGAACUGUAGAUUUCAAGAACACUCUUCUCAUAAUGACUUCCAAUGUUGGAAGCAGCGUGAUCGAGAAAGGCGGACGGAGAAUAGGCUUUGAUCUCGACUACGAUGAGAAGGACAGCAGCUAUAACCGAAUCAAGAGCCUCGUCACGGAGGAGUUGAAGCAGUACUUCCGGCCGGAGUUCCUGAACCGGCUCGAUGAAAUGAUUGUGUUCCGGCAACUCACCAAGCUGGAAGUGAAGGAUAUUGCAGAUAUAAUGUUGAAGGAGGUAUUUGAGAGACUGAAGGCAAAGGACAUUGAGCUUCAGGUCACGGAGAGGUUCAGGGAUAGGGUUGUUGAAGAAGGGUACAGUCCCAGUUAUGGGGCAAGGCCCUUAAGAAGGGCUAUUAUGAGGCUUUUGGAGGAUAGUUUGGCUGAGAAGAUGCUUUCUGGAGAGAUAAAGGAUGGGGACUCUGCGAUUGUGGAUGUCGAUUCUGAUGGGAACAUUACAGUUCUUAAUGGGAGCAGCGGCACGCCGGAGCCUUUGACUCCGGCGAUACCUGUUUGAUACGGUGGAGGUUUCCGGCCGGAUAUUUCAGGUUUUAUAUUUCUAUUGUAGAAUGUACUGUGGUGUAAGUGCUUUUAGACUUUGAUUGACUGUAAAGGAAGGCUCUUAUGUAGGAGAGCUGAAUUCUAGCAUCCGGUUUAAAGAGGUUUCAAUGGAAUAAUAAUCCAAUUACUCAGUUCUGUGA